GACAACACCUCUAAGCAAGCAAGCAGCAAGGAGACGGGAUCGUACGAGGAGGCCUUUUAUUCUCUCGCGAGGAAGGACGCCAUUAUCGCCCCUCAAAACAACACGAGAAUUCACCCCCAGACGGAGCAUACUGGUAACGUAAAUACCUGCACAUACCUUAGUUUAUCGUUGACUUGGAUAUCUCUGCUUUUCUAUCAAUGAUGUCAGGGCAGGAACUGGCGGAAGUAGUUCAGAUAGCAGUGGAAGAUUUACACUCAGAUCAUCACCCAAUUGUUCUAGAGAAUCAUGAAGUGACCGAAGAGGACAUGACCCCUUCUUUGAAACGACAGAGGAUAGAAAUCAACUGCCAGGAUCCAUCCAUUAAGUCAUUCCUGUUUUCUAUCAAUCAAACAAUAUGCUUGCGACUAGACAGCAUAGAAUCCAAAUUGCAGGUGCUGGAAGCCACAUGCAAGUCACUGGAAGAAAAACUGGACCACAUCAUGAACAAACCGCCAAAUCCUAUUCAAGUUCCGAUGGUGGCUGGUUCACCCCUUGGAGCCACACAGUCCUGGAACAAAGUGCGCUGCGUUGUUCCUCAGACCACUGUAAUACUGAACAAUGACAGACAGAGCUCGGUUGUAGCAAAAUUGGAAGGUCAAGACGAGUCAAUGAACAGGACGUCAGAAGCGAUGGAAAAUAUGCUUAACAGUGGCAGAAGGCACAAUACUAUAGUGGUGAAGGUUCCUGGUGUCGAUGACAGUCAUAAUGAAGACAAUGAUAGCGGCUCGGAAGCUAGUGACACCCUUUCCAACUGUGGUCAGUCAGGAAGCACAAACAUUGGAAACAAUGUCACCCUCAUCACUCUAAAUGCUGAAGAGGAUUUUCCUAAUGGAACCUGGCUCGGAGAUGAGAACAACCCAGAAAUGCGGGUAAGGUGCCCAAUCACAGCAGCUGAUAUGCUGCACAUCACUUCCAACAGCAGGACAGCAGAAAAAAUGGCGCUGACACUUCUUGACUACCUUUUUCAUCGAGAAAUCCAGGCAAUAUCCAAUCUUUCGGGCCAGGGAAAACAUGGGAAAAAACAACUGGAUCCACUAAUGAUCUAUGGCAUACGAUGUCACCUUUUCCACAAGUUUGCAAUCACAGAAUCUGACUGGUAUAGAAUCAAACAGAGCAUUGAUUCAAAAUGUCGGACUGCAUGGCGUAGAAAGCAGAGAGGGCAGAGUCUGGCUGUUAAAAGCUUCUCACGAAGAACUCCAUCAUCGUCCUCUUUCAGUGGUUCAGAGGUUGUACAGAACACUGUGUCUUCUUCCAGUGACAUGCAACAGGGACAGCCCCAGGCCCUCCAUUAUGCAUUAGCCAAUGCCCAGCAGGUCCAGAUCCAUCAGAUUGGAGAAGAUGGACAAGUUCAAGUAGGGCAUCUUCACAUAGCACAGGUGCCACAAGGAGAGCAAGUCCAGAUUACACAGGACAGCGAGGGUAAUUUGCAGAUACAUCAGGUCCACGUGGGUCAAGAUGGACAGGUUCUCCAAGGAGCCCAACUCAUAGCAGUUGCCUCUGCAGACCCAAAUUCUGGUGUGGUUGAUGGGUCGCCCCUCCAAGCCAAUGAUAUUCAGGUCCAAUAUGUUCAGCUUGCAUCUGUGAAUGAACCUUCAGGAACAGCCCAGGCAGUGGAACCUUUGCAGUCAGCGCUCCAGCCUGAAAUGCACAUUGAACAUGGAGCAAUUGAAAUAGAUUAAUAGUAGCAUUGCAGAUCUUAAGAACAUUCAACCAUAAACCUUUACUAUGUACUUGCAGAACACAGGCAACAAAUGCUUACGAGGAACGACUCUGUAACAGACCGCUGCACAAACUCCCAAAAAACGCUAUUUAGCAGAGCUUACGUAUUAAACCUGAUGACAAGUUUUAGGCUAAAAAGUUGGUGGGGUUCCCCGCAAAAAGUUACUAAAACCAAAUUCAUGACAGUCAACACUUAUCUACAAUGCAAAAGUAAAUUCAAGUCACCUUGUUUGUACACUGUAAUAUUAUAUUUUUAUAUCCUCUGUAAGGUUUGUAACAUAAAGGGGAACCAAGCUAAAAUAGAAGUGAUAGUUUUCUUUUGUCAAAAAAUACUUUAUUUAUUAGAUGCUAAAGAAUUGUUUUAAUUGUCCACUGGAACUUAAAUUGCCAUCUAGAGCUUAAUGAACAUGGGCAAUAUGGAGACCAUAAAGAACAUCUGUUAUCAAUCACUGUUCACACUGUUUUCAAAUGAAAGGAGAAAACAUAUAUUGAGGAACAGCUUCCUUCUUUUUUUUUUUUGUAUAAUUCUGCAAGUUAAAGGGGCAAAUGCGGUCGUCAACAUUGACAUUUUCCACUUUUAAAUGGCCGAGCGUUUGUGCCUUUCUUAGGCAUUCAAGAAGAUUUGCCUUUGUAAACACAAUAUUAAUUUAGGUGGCUCUCCUGUACAAGAUACCUGUGAUUAUUUGCUUACAAGGAUAAAAGAUCUCUUUUUUCAUUAAACAAUAGAGGUGUCUAUCACAAAAUGAAAGUUUGCAAAAUGUAAGUAAAAAGGGUCAGUAAAGUCAAAAUGAAUAAUUUAGGUAGCACAUACAUUUUUUAAAAUUGUUUUGUUCUCUUGGUUUUCUUUGUUGAAAAGCAUAUCUAGGUAGGCUUAGCCGCUGGGAGCUACCAGCUGAUUGGUGGCUGCAUAUAUUUGCCUUUUGUCAUUGGCUCACCAGAUGUGUUCAGCGAGCUCUAACUAGUGCAUUGCUGCUCCUUCAAUAACUGGAUAGCAAGAGAAUGAAGCAAAUUUGAUAACAGAAGUAAAUUGGAAAGUUGUUUAAAAUUGUUUGCUUUAGCCGAAUCACAAACGCAAAAUGUUGGGUUUCAUGACCCUUUAAUUCCUGUUAAUUUAUUUAAUGGCAAGGAUUUUUUGAACCAAUACUAAUGAACUGAAAUGUUUAACAAAAGAAGUCCUUGAAUUGAAACUGUAGUUUUUUUUUUAUAUAACAAUGCUUAACCAAGUUUGUCUAUUAUUUACACUGGUAGGAUUUGUACUAAAUAAAAUAUUCCAUAACAUGUUAAGAUGCAGGACAAGAACAGACAGUGACUUUUUCAUAUUUAUUUUAUGCUUUGAAAGUUAAUGUAUAGUACAUAGUAAUACUGUCCUGAGGAUUAUGCCGUUUUUGUUUGGUUUGGUUGCUUAUACAUAUAAAACAAACUGUCUGUAACAAUAUAUACAUUCUGUGGUAAAUAUAAUUCUAUUAGCAGUUGUAAAUGAACAUUUUCAGGAAAAGGUAAUAAAUGAGUAUUUAUGAGCAAUUCAGAUAAA